AUGGAUGCGGCAGGCAAAGUCCCCGUCAAACUCGUCAAAGUCACCCGAGUCCUCGGCCGAACAGGCUCCCGAGGUGGUGUCACCCAAGUGAGAGUCGAAUUCAUGGACGACACGAGCCGAAGCAUCAUUCGAAAUGUCAAAGGACCAGGUACGUGA